GCCAGGCCCCCCUCAGCCAAUCACAGCCUCGUCAUUAUAAAGCGAGGAACACUAACAGGCACAUGACAUCAAGUGCUCAGGAAGCCCAGUGUAGCUCUACACUGCAGCAUCUGCAAGCAAAUAAGCAAAUCAACUACUACAGUAAGGAUCUCCAAAAAAGGAAAACAUUGGUUUGCGGUCAAGAUGAAGUGUAUACUUAGCAUAUUACUGUUGACAUGCGCCCUGUACUUUACAGAAACAACUAAAAGCCCUGGGAGAAAAUACACUUCUACUCAAGUAAAUGAUAAGUGCAUACUUGAUGGAAGCGAGGAGAGCAGAAAUGUGUCAGUGACAGUCAGUGGACGGAUAUGUCUACCAUGGCAUUUAUUAUCAAGACAUAACUCCUCUUUCAGGAACUGCUAUCAUAACUACUGCAGGAAUAUAGGUAACAAGAUUCAGCCAUGGUGCUAUGUAAAGAGAAAAAACCAUUAUAUACGGGAAUACUGUAACAAUCCCCACAGGGAAAUGAAACCAACCACCACGAGUCCACCCACAUCUGUCCCAUCAAAGCAGGACACAGAAUCAACAUGUGGGGAGCGACACAUGAACCGCAUUACAAAGAUAAUAGGAGGAUCAAGGUCAACUGUUGAGUCACAACCUUGGAUUGCAGCUAUCUUCAAAGGAGAGGGAUUCAUUUGUGGAGGAACUCUUAUUGCUCCAUGCUGGAUCCUCACUGCAGCCCACUGCUUCCCUGAUGGUAAGAGAACACGCAUAAUGAAAUAUUCGGUCCAUCUGGGAAAGAAUGCCAUCAAUGAAACAGACACUAUCAAAGAGCAGCAGUUCAACGUCAGCAAACUAGUGGUCCAUGAGAACUAUGAUUACACAGUUGAAGACUUUAAUAAUGACAUUGCUCUUUUGAAGAUAAUGGACAGCAGUGGACAAUGUGCAGUGAGGACAGACUCUGUGAGAACCGCAUGUCUUCCCCCUUUGCAGCAGAUGCUUCCCACAGGGUUCUACUGUGAGAUUGCUGGCUAUGGAAGACAUCAAAAGGGUGGAUUUGAGUACUCUCGACAUCUGAAACAGGCUCAAGUGAGGCUUAUUUCCCAGAAUGCUUGCCAGAACAAGUUUUACAGCAAGAAUGAGGUCAAUAAAAACAUGUUGUGCGCAGCUGGUAGAGACUGGGAGGAAGAUGCUUGCCAGGGCGACUCAGGAGGGCCUCUGGUGUGUGAAGUAAAUAACACCAUGUUCCUAUUCGGUAUCAUUAGCUGGGGAAAAGAGUGUGCAAAAAAGUUUAACCCAGGAGUUUACACAAAAGUCACCAAUUACAAUAACUGGAUCUCACUGCAUACUGGUUUACCCAAAUAUACAGCAGGCUCCAGGUAUCCACAAAAGGAUUAAUUAUGACAUGGUCACUUUACAACAGAAAUGUGAGCAUUGCUCAGAUGCUUAGUCACUCAGGGUAAUGUUAUAUUCUCAGCAGAAUACGUGCCAAUUAUUUAUACUAUUUAGAUUAAAAAUGGCAGCUACUGUAAUCAAUAGGAAACAUCUUUGAUAGUGUUAUAAGUACAUGUUCCUGAUUUACUGAGUAGUGAUACCAGUGUUUAGGUGUAUGAAGGAUUCAUGUAAUGAGGACCUUUGUUUAGUUUUUGAGAACUGUAAAUAAUGUAUUCUGUCUUUCUAAAGAAGUUGAUCUAAAAUUACUGAUAUUAAUGACAUGGACAUGGUCCAGUUUGUUGCAAUAACUAUAUAUAUAUAUAUAUAUAUAUA